AUGAAGAUCAUGAGAGCCAUCAUGGAGAGUUUAGGGUUGAGUCCAAACCACUUGAGGGAAAGCAUUGAGAAAGGAAUGCAACUCAUAAUGAUCAAUAGUUAUCCGCAGUGCUCUUCAUCAACCAUUAACCCAGUUGGAAUCUUGUCCCACACGGAUCACACCAUCAUCACCAUCCUUGCUGAAAACACACCUGGUCUAGAGGUCUUGCAAUCAACGGACAACUCAUGGCGACCUGCGCUUGUGAGCAAAAAUGGCCUUAUUGUUCUUGUUGGGGAUCAUCUCGAGCUGCUUAGCAAUGGCUUGUAG